GAUAGGAAGUUAGAAGUUACAAUUUUAUAUUGAAGUCAGUGUUUGUUAAUGUUAAUGUGUUUCUUUGUUCGAUUCGAUUCUAGUUCCCAUUCGUGAUAAAAAUCUCUGUGCUAUCACAAUCUGUUCGUUGUUCGUUUUUUAGUACAAAGGUGCAUGUUCUACUCACUUUGUUUGUAGCAUAAAAAUAAUCUUGAGGUCAGGAAAGAAACUAGGCUAAAGAAAAUUUACUCGAUAAGCCUAUUAAACAUAACAUUUCUUCAAUGGCUACUGCUGUUUGUGAAUCUCAUCACGCCACAGUAAUUGGUGGAGACAUAAAAGAAGACUACUCCAGUUCAUUUCAUAGUUCUAGUGAAGAAUCCAGCUUACCAUCAUGUCAAUCUUCCGAUUCUGGAACUUUGUCUUCCUCACUGGAAUCUAUGGAAGCACAAGAAGUACCGGUAGAACCUUCUGCCAAAGAAGAAGACUCUGGCCACGCACACAAAAGACCAGCAGCCUUAACUCCAAAUGGGGAGAACCAAUGUGAAAUAAGAGCAUUAUCACCACAGACAGCGACAUUCACACUCCUAUCCCAGCUUAUCUCAAAACUUGAAUCACCUGCUCGUAAGAAGAAAAAACAUUCAGGAAUAUCACCAUUACCGAGAAAUGCUGUAUGUGUGUUAAAUGAAAUGAGACCUGGCAUGGAGUACAAGUUGGUCGAUCAGACUGGACCUGUGCAUUGCCCCAUCUUCACAAUGUCAGUCAAGAUGGACGGCCAAGAAAUAACGGGUCAGGGUCGCACGAAGAAGCAAGCCAAGCAGUCAGCCGCUGAGGCAGCAUUACGCACCAUUAUCCAAGUACCUGAGAUGCACGUAAUGACUCUUCUCAACCCCCACCUUCAAUCUGCCCAGAUGGACUUUACAUCUGAUUCAAUGGACUUUGAAAGUGAUAGCAAAGAAGCAGAGGUGAAGGACGCCAAGCCUAGCGGAGGUGGAGUGACCGGGGGAGUCAAGGUUAUGACUAGACAUCUCCUGGGUGUCGAGAAGUCUCCCGUCAUGAUACUCAAUGAGAUGAGGCCAGGCCUCAAGUAUGAGUGUACCUCAUCCAGCGGCGAGGCCUACGCCAAGUUUACCAUGUCCGUCUGCAUUGAUGGCAGAACAUUUGAAGGAACAGGCCCUAGCAAGAAGCUGGCCAAAACUGCUGCUGCCAGGGCUGCUCUAUCUACACUGUACGACUUCAACUUCAAUGUGCCAAACUUGCCUCUUGGCAACAACACCUUGCCUACCCCACCACUGCCCUUCACCACCCUCCAAUCUCAUCAGGCUGACAUCAUUGCAAAAUUGGUGUUGACCAAGUACAGUGAGCUGAUGGAGGGGGACGCAGUUCACGCUAGACGCAAGGUGUUGGCUGGUAUUGUGAUGACCCGAGGAGAUGUCAACGCCCCUACCACUACUGUUAUAUCUAUCGGCACUGGCACCAAGUGUGUGGGUGGUGAUCACAUGAGUGUCAACGGCGCGUCACUCAAUGACUCACAUGCGGAGAUAGUCGCACGGCGUGGGCUACUAGUCUACUUGUACUCUCAACUGACUCUACACGCAAACCCAGAAACAGCAAGUGAAUCUAUUUUUGAAGUGAACACAGGAAGAAAAGGAUUCAAGCUACGAGAUGAAGUAAAAUUCCAUUUGUAUAUUAAUACAGCUCCAUGUGGUGAUGCAAGAAUAUUCUCCCCUCACGAGGUAGAGUGCAGUGGUACUGAAGCACUGGACAAACAUCCCAACCGCAACUCUCGAGGUCAACUGCGCACCAAGAUAGAGUCAGGCGAGGGCACCAUCCCGGUCAAGUCCAGUGGCGGAAUACAGACUUGGGACGGUGUAUUGCAGGGACAGAGACUGCUAACUAUGUCCUGCUCAGACAAGAUUGCGCGUUGGAACGUGGUGGGUGUUCAAGGAUCUCUGCUUUCACUCUACAUUGAACCUGUCUACCUGGAAAGCAUAGUCUUGGGCUCCCUCUUUAAUUCAAGUCAUAUGUACAGGGCUGUGUGUGGCAGAGUUGAGACCACAGUUCAAGGUCUGCCUCCACCAUUCAGGUUCAACAAGCCCAGCCUGGGAGUGACCAGCUCUCCUGAGAGUAGACAGCCAGGCAAGGCUCCCAACCACUCUGUCAAUUGGGUCAUAGGAGAGGAGAGAGUGGAAAUCAUCAAUGCGAUGACAGGCAAAGCUGAACUUGGAGCUGCUUCUCGCCUCUGUAAACAAAGUAUGUUGCGGCAUUUUUGCAAUGUUUACAACAAACUCCCUGAAGCUACAAACCUAGGCUGUGAUGUGAGAACUGAGCUCUACAGUGUACUUAAGGCUAAAUCUGAGGACUACCAGCUGGCCAAACAACAGCUGAUGGUGGGAUUCUCUAAAGCUAACUUGGGCAGCUGGCUCAAGAAGCCCAUGGAACAGGAUCAGUUCUGUCUAGAUGACUCAGUGUUCAGGCUGCCUACCCUACCCAUCCUCGUGCAGUAGACCAUAUCAGGUUUGGCAUUAAAAAAUUAAAAUCACAUAGUUAUCUAUACAUGGCUUUGUAGGAUAAUUUAGAUAGGCUAUACUGUUUCAAUUUAGAGUUAGCAAACACAGAGGUAGUGUUUGGUCAUAUUUAAAAUAUUACCUUGUAAAUUUUACUGGUUUUAAUUUUUUUUUUUUUUGCAGAACACUUUAAAAUAAUGUUUAAUAUCCUAAAACUCUAGAGGCAUUUUUAAUUUUAUAUUCAAUCUUUCUGUGUUUUUAAAUUAUAUACAAACAUUGUUUGUGAUGCUUCUUGUUGUCAAAAGUACUUGCCUUAACAUAUCACCCAGUGUUCUUCUUAGUAGCAUUGAAUACUAAUACCUAACAUUGUGUUCAAGAUGCUUUGUAUUUUAAUUGGAAACAAUCGUUCUGUAAUGCUAUGCUGUUUUAACUUGUGAUUUUAAUUUGUUUAUUGCUGAAACCUGAUGUGUGUAUCAAGUUAAUGCGAUUUAACAGAGGCUUCUUAAAUUUAUGUUCAUAUUGUAAAUGGUUUAUAAUUUACAUGAUUUUGUUGUAAGUCGGUAAGUAAUUUCUUGUAGUAUAUUAAGUCUCAAGGUUUUAACUACUUUAGCAGAGAUUAAAGUAACCAUAUGUUACUUCAUUAUGUAACCUACAUUUCUUCACUUGUUUAAAAUUUAAAAAUUUAAACUAUGAAAUAAUUUAAGAUAUAAAGUAAAUAUUUAAACUGCAUAAGUAUUCAAUGGAUAAAUUAUAUUCAGUUGAAUUUCAUUGAACAUUGUACAUAUUUAGUAUUCAUAUUUUACCUCAAGGAUCUCACAUUUUCCUUGUAAUUUAUUUUGAUACGAUCUCUCCUUGAACAUAGUAAAUAUUUGUGUUUAGUGAACUGUGGUUCUUUAUUUCCUUAAAAAAGAGGUUAGUGUACUAGUAUUCUUCAUUGCAUUUGUAACAACUCAUUUCAUACUUAACUUGAUCAUUCCAUUUUGCAUUUAUUGACGAGUUUCAUUACAAUCUAAAACAAAAUUUAUUUAAUCCAAACCUAAGAUAUUCUUGUAUACUUUUCAAUAAGUUUGCCUUAAUUUACUGAAGGCAAUUAUUGCAGGUUUGGAGAAUGAUAAUAUUUGAAAGCUCCAAAAAGUGUGUUUUCAAAGUUAAGCAAUAACUUGUAGCACAAUUGACUCACCAGUAAUCUUUGACUGUUCUUGUGCUUUAAAAGUCUUAGUUUUACAAUUAGAAAAUAAUGUAUUACUUUACUAGUUUACUCUUUAAACAGGUACAAAUAAUGUGUGAUUAUUUUGUAUUAAUAUAAUCAUUUUAUUACUUUUAGAUGUAUACAUUUAAUUUCAACCAAAUUUUUUGAAUUUAUAUUAAGUUGUUGGUUAGCCAACUACAAUAAAUAACAACAUUAAAGACUAAAUAGUAACAGUUUCCCCUUUAGAUGUUAGUACAAAGUGAAAAUCUGUUAUAUUAUUGUCCGUAACUGUGUUCACACUUCUUUUACCUAUAAAUUGUUUCAAUAAAAUAUAUCUCAGCAUU